GUGCGUCUCCCACCACUGUCAACUUGUUAAAUGAAAUUCUCAGUGAUGCAGAAGGCAAAUAUCCUUCUCACUCAUCUGUCUGUCAAAUGUGGCAAACUGUCCAUCCAUGCAGAUAAAUCUAUGAUUUUCCUAAAUCUUCUUCAACUCUAGAGUGUGGCAGCCACUUUGGCUGAAGUACACUCAGGUCUCCAGCUCAUGGACUGCCUGGAUUAGAUUCUGAACCACAGCAAAUGUUAAAGCCAAAACUUUAACUGGAGUCUAACAUGACUUACAACUGAAAGCUGUGGGAAGUUGAAAGUGGCAAAGAUGCCAUUACCAACCUUUCUAAAUUCAAGUUACCAAAGCAGGGAAUGCUUUACAUAUUUUGGACUGUUUGUAAUAAGCUUUAGCUGAACCAAAAUUCAAAGGAAAGCAAUGCUAUAAAAUUAUUUUUACAGACAGGUGAUUUGUUUACUCGUGGCUGUCUGACAAUAUAUGGGGAUUUUUCUCAACCCUUGAUUUAUUUUCCUCAUAUGGAAAUAGAGAUACCUGAAUCAGCUACAGUAGAAAAUUGUGUUGAUGUUGAUUGGGAUUUGGAUUUGAUUUCUGCCUUCCAGCUAGUGCUUGUCAUGUGUAGGACACACACCAAGGGUGGAGUUGAUGCAGGUUGAAGUUGUGACUGGAAGCACACUUGGUUUUGCCAGGUUUGGAAAGGGCUGAAGCUAAAUCCGAAGUGCAGGCUUAUACUGAGUCUGUUCCUAUUUGUACUAAGCUGGCAAAAGAUCUGUCACUCAAAGCCUCAUAGUCAGAGCCAUGGACCAAAGCCAGGAUCCUUAAUGAGACAGGUCUGAGAGCAAUGUUGAAUUAUGCAGCAUGGAUUGCUCUGGCAGUGUCACACUUUGGCCCUAAAUCAGUGUGGGGAGGUUGACAGGGACUCUUGAAAGCCAAAGUCAACCAAGUGAUUGAGACGACAUCUCUCCCAAAAGAAGUUGGGUGUAAAUUUAACAAAGGUUUGCAGCUUAAAGUCCUCUUUGUGACAUGUUUCAGGUUGAAUUUUCUGGGAACAGGGUAAACCUGGGCAGCUUUGUGAUUUGUGGGUGUGAGAAAGAACAAGCCAGGUGGGAUUGACGAUAAAGACGAAAUGAUACCAAGUCUCUCUUUGACGGCUGAAGUCUAAAAUUAUAUUUGCUGUAUGCACAGCACCUCAAUUCUGUCUCUUUUACAGAUUUUUGGUGCUGACAUUUCAAUCGAAUUGUAAAGUCACUGGAGUAAUGGGCAGCUGGUUACAAAAUGUGAAAACCCCCCAAACUUCCCGAGUCUACAGGAUGCCUGGCAUCAAGAUGUGCCACUAUAUUCAUACACACCAGGAUUUGUUUUCUAAUACAUCAUCUUAGACCUGUUCCUGGCUCCUGUAUUUACCUCCCUGUUCAUCCAUCCAUCUUUUGUAAUGAGUCCCGUCAGUUUUUUUUUUCUUUUUGAUAGCCCUUCUUUCACUCAUGUUCAUGAUUUAUGAACUGUUUUGUCACAUGGCAUAUUGAGAUUGCUAUGCAUGAAAAUGAUGAAUGUGGAAUUAGGAUCUGUUGCCAUGUGUUAAUUUUGAAAUGUGGACAUGUAAAAUAUUUGGAUGUUUUUUUUGGCAAAUAGUUUAUAGGUUAGUAUGUUUAUAGAAUCUGAGACUAGAUACGAUUAAGAUAAAAAUCCUGAAAAGCAUUUUCAAAUUUCUGUUUGUUUGUUUGUUUGUUUGUUUUUUAAUAUAAUGCAAUUAAGCAUAUCAUCCAAUAUUCAGCAACAGUUACAGAGAGCUUUGCAGCUGCUAAAUUAGCAUUUAGUUUCACACCGUAUUACUGUUUCUCAUUUCAGGAAGCUCUUAGUAGAACAUGCUGUGAGUGCACACGUUUGUGUGGGCUUGUCUGUGUGUAUUUAUUUUGAAAGCGGUGAAGCUAAAGUUCUCAAAGACUGCAAACUCACAGUACCUGAGUAUAGUGGGAUGCAUAUCUCGUGCAGGAGGAGCUGCUCUAAUUAGAAGAGGCUUGGGCAAUGGUGAGGAAAUGUGCCAUUCAGGUCUGGUUUACACUAGUAGAAAAAUGGGUAAACAGUGCAUUAGCAAUGAUUUUGACAACUUACACUGCAUGAGUCAGGAUUCUAGGUCAGUAUCUGCUGUGCUGUGAAUGAAACUAAUGGAGCCUAAUUUAGGGAUUAAACAUGAAGUGGGAGCUAAAGUGAUUGUGAAGAUAAUUAACGCACUGUGAUUUUUAUCUUGCUGAGUUUAAACUCAGUGGAAAUAAAUUUCACUCUCCCUUUAUAUUUUACAUCUCUCCUGAUGAGUAAUAUAGCAAGUGUUGAAGAACAAACAAUCAUAGCUAUAAUUUUGCAAACCUUCAUUGACCAAUGGAUAAUUGCUAUGGAAAAUUUGGUCUCCUGGAAGGCUAAACCAUGGUCGAUAUGAGCUUUUGUCAUUGGAGAUUGAUUGUUACUGUUUUUUUGUUUGUUUGUUUGUUUGUUUGUUUUUUAGGUCAGUAGGGAUGUUAGUUUUUGAAAGAUAAAAAUGAUGAUAUAUAUAUAUAUAUAUAUUAAAAAAAGGGUCUGAUAUGACCAUUUAACAAACUACAUUUUUGGGGGGUUAAACCUGAUCAUUAAAAAGCUGUGGUUAGUCCUUUGCAUCCAAACAAAUAGAAAUGGUCACUGAGGCUUUAAUGCACUGUGUGUGCAGUCAGUGUAGCUUGAUUGUAUUUAACCGAUACAGUAUAAUCAAAUAGGUUUGUUUUGUUUUUUUUUAAUGAUAUCUCCUCAUCUCAAACAUGCCAUUCUUCAUUUCUGAGCAUUUUCAGCUGCCAUGCCUUUAUUGUGGUGGUAAAAUAUUCAGUGCUACAAUAAAUAAUAGAUAAAACUUGUCUAUGGGCACUGCAUAGUAUGCAUUUUAAAGGUAUGAUGGGAUAACAUCAGCAAACAACACAAUAUUGUAGUUGCCCUGAACAGCCCUGUAGUAAUAGUUGUGCAGUCAAACAGUAAUACGAAAUAUCAAGAAGUUGUUGCCCAGAUAAGAGAUUACUGCAUAAAAGUAUGUCUUAAUUAGAUUCUCAUUUCUAUUCAGAAAACUGUAAGGCAUGGUUUCCUGGCACUAAAAUUAGUAGUCAAGAUUACAGUCAGGUAUUCAGAAGCAAUUAAAAGUGAUUCAAUAUCAAAGCAUAGUUACAUUAAUUAGUAAACAAAUUGCUUUGGACUCAGAGGUCAUUGUCCUCAAGUCCACUUUUGCUUAGACCAACAGCAAAACUCGAACAGUGGUGUAGGUAUGGAUGGGGGAGGGUGUAUAUGUCAACUACUGCGCCUUCAAUUUCAAUAAGUGUCAAGGGGAUGCAUAGGUAAUUCAAUAAAGGGUCUGUGCUGUAACAUGGCCAUAGAUACAGACCUCCAUCUUUAACAUUUUGUUUAAGUGGUUGAUGAAGAGUGCUGCCCAUCUCUAAUGGCCUUACAGAUUUAUGAUAGUAAGUAGCGACUGCUAUUUCUUUGGUAUUCAUUUGUCAUUAUUACCUGUAUCUUUUAAAUUAGCUCUGGGUAUGGAUACCUCCCCAGGAUUAUGGGCCAGAACUGUGAUUUUUUCCUCCUUUGUUUCAAUCAAACAGCUGACACAUUAAUUUAUUUUUCUAUUUUCAGAUGCAAUUAUCUUAGCCAGUUACCUGGCAAGAAGGUGUGUGUGUCACUAUUUUUUUUUCCUUUUCUCCACAGCAGGUUGCUGAGGCUUACGCUGUGGACUGCUCUGUUGUUUUUGUGAGGAUGGAAAUGAUUAUCUUUUACAGCUUACAAAAAGACAGCCGGAAGUUUUCAUACUUUUUAAAGGAUUUUUUUUUGCACCACUCCUCAUAAAUUGCCAUUCAGAAGCUGCAUCUCUGAAUCAUCACCCCUUUGAUGUUAUGUCUUGAUUUGAGUGGCUUUUCAAGUUUCACUUUCCUCAUCCUUCUAACAGUCAAAGACACUGAAAGUGCCAGUACCGUAUGCUGUGCUAAAAAUUCAGAAUGAAAAAGUAAUGGAAAUUUUGAGGCCUUAGUUGCCGAAGGCAACCGCAGAUGUGACUUGCAGGUCACAUCCCGAAGAAAUUGAGAAAGUGUGGUUACUGUUGUCCAGGAGUGCAUUCACAAAAAUUAAGUCAGAGAGGAUCAAAUGCCAGACUUUUUUUAAAAGGAAGGACAUGAAAUGAAGACAGACAGAAUGACGAUGAAAAAUUGAAAGGAAACCACUCAGAGGGGAAGCAGUAUCCUCAGAUGUCAGAGUAUUAAGGGUCAGGAACAAACAUUUGUGCAGAUAGCUUGGACGCUAUGAGAUGCUCUUGAACUUGCCACUGUUUUGCAUAGAUGACAGUGUAAUGCAAAAAAUCACUGAAUAGAUGUAACACAUGUCAAAUUUUAAAAGGUCCAUGCAGUCAAAUAGAAAUGAUAAUGUGAGGACAAUGACUAUCCGAUCAAAACUAAAAAUACUGUCAGCCCUUGAGUGUUGGACCCAGUGAGGAACCAAGAGACUAUCAUUGCCUUAAGUAAACCCAUUUAUUUAGUAAUUAAAUGCUCUAGAGUGAAGGAUAUUUUGUUAUUGUCAAAGUGGCUUUUUCACUUCUAUAUCAGACAGGGAAAAUCAUCAGUAUUUAUCCUGUGUAUAUACUGAAAUCUGUGCUCUCAAAGCUUUAUGAUUUAACCCACCUUUUCAGAAGAUGCCAAAAACAAGGGGACCUCAACAGUAAAAAGAACAGAAAUUAUCGGAUACCUUAAAAAGAUAAGACAACAGUGUUAUUUUUCUUUCUGCUGCAAACAGCUGAUGGCUGUCUCAAAUAGGAAAAUUUGCUCGUACUCGCUCAUGUUUAUGUAAGUGCAUAAAUUGCCAUUGCAUUGUUCCUGUUUUAUACUUUUACCUAUGUCGCCUUGAUUUGACUGUGAUUUUGAGUUGCGGUAGCAAAGUUCCACAAAAGUGUCACAACAGAUUAGCACAUUUAUGAGCGGAUGAUUUCACUGCACUUUUGUGUUCAAAAGCGUGAGAUGCCAGUGCAUGUAUUUACUUAUCUGCAAUUCAACAGCUGUCUGACAGAAAUGUGGUAAAAGACAUCCCUUGCCAUCAACUUAGCAAUGCAUGGUGUCAAAAAUAGUAUUAUGGAUAGAUACCACUUGACAGGUCUUAUGUCAUGUGUACAGUGCCGUCAAUUGAAUGUCUAGGUGCCCAUGUCAAAUUAGUUUUGAGCCACUUAUCAUGUCACUGUUUUUCAAUUAUACUGCUUCAAGCUCAUAAAUUUUGUUCUGCAUUGAGGGCAUUAUUUUGAGGUUGCUGACAGGCCCUUGACGGUUUCAAAAUGAUGUUUCACAUCUUCCAGUGGUUCAUUCGUUAAAAGCCUGGCUUCUAGCCAGAUGUUGGUACACUUGCCAGGACAAGCACAGAAACAGCUUGCCUUCUCUUUAUGCGUGACAUACGCUAACUCUAACAGUACUGAUGAAGUUACUUGACUGCCUUCACAUCAGUGAGAUUGAGCUUUAACAGAUGUAAGCACUGUGAUUAGUACUCUGAAGCCAAGCAGCAGAGAGAGUUGCAGUAGGUCAUGGCAAUUUAUUUAGAAGGUCAUUAAUGCUAGUCAGUGAUUAAAGAUAAAGCCUGAUCAAUAGAAGGAUUAGCUCCUGAGUUCUGUCUUAACUUUAGUUCCUUUACUCUGUGUUUCAAAAUAAAAAAAAUAAAAAAAGUAGACUUGUCCUAUGUGUUAUAGUAUGGUUUAUAGUAAAGCGCAUGAAGUAAGACCAGUGAAGGUGAUGCACUAGAGGGCAGUUUUUGGGGCAUCUGUCAGUAAGGAGGUAGAACAGGCUGUCUACCAAUCAGAAGGUUGGUGGUUCAAUCCCCAGCUCCUCUAGCCUGCAUGGCAAAAUGAUGCAGUGUGAGUGUGUGAAUAUCAAGUUGAAAGCAUUAGGACAUAGAAAAAAAGCAACUCUAUGAAUGUGUGAGUGAAUAAGGCUUGGAAUAAAAAUACUUUAAGUGCUAAAAUAGAUAUGAAAACCACUCUGUUUAUUUAAGUACUAGUCCAGAUUAAGAUUCAUGGUUUACCUUUGUUUUCCCACCAGCAAAGAUCAACUACCAACCAGCCCUGCCCAGCCAGAGAGCAUUCCUUACUCAGAACAUGCCUGUGGGUCAUAUGAUAAAAUUCAUUAUUACCUACAAAAUGGCUUUUUGGAGGGAGAAGGGCUUUUCUGGGGAAAUAGUGGCAGGGUCCUCCACCGAGUGUCCAUUCUGUGUAACCUUUGAUGCCACCAGCCCUUUUGGUAAUGCUGCUCUGGUAGGGUUCAUUGCUGGCCAGCAGGCUUCUCAUUGGGAAUCAAAAGAGGUUGGAGAAAGGAAAAACGCUGUGCUUUCCAGUCUGGUCAAAUAUCUAGGUCCUGAGGCUGCAUCUUUCAUGCAUUAUGAAGAAAAAGAUUGGGCCAAGGAGGACUACAGUGGUGGCUGUCCAGUUAAUGUCAUGGCACCAGGUUUGCUAACAUAUUACCACCCUAGCCUGAGGAAGCCUUUUGGCAGGAUACAUUGGGCAGGAACAGAGACAGCCACCCAGUGGUGUGGAUACAUGGACGGAGCGGUGCAAGCUGGUCAGAGAGCUGCUCUGGAGGUGCUGGCUGAAGUGUCCCACAUGACUCUGACCACAGAGGAGCAGGAAGAAUUGCAGCGCAUUCAAAAUGUCAAGAGUGCUUCUAAGCAAAGACCAUCAUCCAAACUCAUGUACCUGCCUACAAGCAAAUCUGUGGUUAUAGCAACACUGACAAUAGGAGCCGUUCUUCUGCUGGCUCAGCAUCAAAAUACAGUAUUAAAGAUCAAAGAGUACUUCACAAAUGCCUUUUCACCAAUCAAGCACAACCUUCUGCUGUGAUAACAAAAAACCCUGUAAACCAAGAGUACAUUUAAACAAAAGCAAUAAAUAAAAUAAAGAAAUUUAAAACAAGAUGAAGGAUAUAUUGGCAGCAACCAAUGAUAUCAAUUUCAAAAAAUUUUCACAAGAUUUUCAAAAAACUUGACCUCAGACCUCUGAUCUUGAGGUCAGACCACUGAAAUUGGAACUCCAUUCAAGGUUUUUAGUAGUUGCACCUGGGGUAUCAAUUUGAAUGGUCUCCUUCUCGAGUUAUUGCAUUAACAAGCUUCCACAGUGCCCGCCUGCCAGCCGGGCAAGGUGACAGCAAAACCCCAUCAGCCUUUUAUGGCUGACGGGUAAAAAGCUACAGGUUUUGCUGGAAUCUAAAUCAUUUUCACUAGCAGUGACUACAAAAACAACAACAACAAAAUGCCCCCUAAAGUCAUAAGGUUGUGCUUAUGACAUUAGGACCAGAAUGCAGGACCUUUACAUGUACUCUACUUUUGCUUGCAAGAUGUAACUAAUGAAGUGACUGGUGAAUACAGAUAUAUGUGGUAGAGCCUUUGGGAAAAAUAGCUAAGAAAACUCAAAAGAAACUAUUUAUAUAAAUAGGAGGGAAAAAAAGGUCUGCACUGCAGUUAAAACCAGUUUGUCAUGAGAAAAUCAAGCCUUUACAGUGUAUGCCUUUUGAGGUCUCACACAAAGCCAUAACAUCUGGAUGAAAGGUUUGAAGCUAUUCCACAAGCAUGUUUUUUGACUCACAAAACCAUCAAAAGAUGAACGAGCAUAAGAUGGAUGAACCAGUCACACAAUGGACAUAUCCAAGAGAAGGUGAUUUAAUCGCUAUCACUUGAUUGCACAGUCGAUUGAAAGGAUUUUUGUCACUUCCAAUGUCUCCUCUAGAGAGAAUCUCAAAUGCCCACUAAUCACUGUACGGUAGUCUGUGACUCCUUUGGCGCCAUGGCUUUCCAUUUGUCUUUGUUAUCACUAGCUUGCACUGAAUCAACUGCUUGUUCUCCCUGGUUUCACUUAAGCCAGCCCAGGCUGAAUCAAGGCCAGUGUCCUAACAUUUCUGAACAUGUUUGAUUAUUUGUAGCAUUUGAUUACUGACCCAUUUUUUGUUGAGAGUCAAAUGAGCUGAAAUCAGUGCAAUGGUUCUCGUGUAAGUAAGUUCUGAAUAAAUUCAGUAUAAAAUGCAAAAA